AUGCCGGUGCCGGUGCCGCUCCCACGUGGGCCCGGAGACUACAACUCCCGGCGUGCCCCGCGCGCGGCCGUUGGCGCCGACGGUCGUCGCGAGCCCCGCCCAUCGCCCAGGCCCCGCCCUCUCUACCGGUGGCGGUCGGCACCGGGCGGGACCGGAGCGACCGCAGCGCCCCCUGGCGGCCGGGGCGGCACCGGCGGCACCGAGCGGCCCGGGCCCGGGCACCGCCGGGGCACCGCCGCCCCUCCGCCGCGCGGGACCGGCACCGCCGGCACCUACCGGGCCCUUCCGACCCCGUACCGGUGCCCCGGUCGGGCCAUGGCGGCCCCGGCCACCGGCGGGUUCCAGUUCGCCAUCGACCGCGGCGGGACCUUCACGGACGUGUUCGCCCGCUGCCCCGGCGGCCGCGUCCGCGUCCUCAAGCUGCUCUCCGAGGACCCCGCGUACCGGGACGCGCCCACCGAGGGCUAUCCGCCGCGUCCUGCAGGAGGUGCGACCCCCGGGACACCCCGCGGGAACUCACCGGGACACCUCGGGACACCCCACGGCAACCCCGGGACCCCCCUACGGGAACCUUCUGGGAACUCACCGGGCACCCCGGGACCCCCCACGGGAACCCUCUGGGAACUCACCGGGCACCCCGGGACCCCCCCACGGGAACCCUCUGGGAACUCACCGGGCACCCCGGGACCCCCUACGGGAACUCACCGGGCACCCCGGGACCCCCUACGGGAACACACCGGGCACCCUGGGACCCCCCCACGGGAACCCUCUGGGCACUCACCGGGCACCCCGGGACCCCCCACGGGAGCCCUCUGGGAACUCACCGGGCACCCCGGGAACCCUCUAGGAACUCACCGGGCACCCCGGGACCCCCUACGGGAACCCUCGGGACACCCCACGGCAACCCCGGGACCCCCUACGGGAACCUUCUGGGAACUCACCGGGCACCCCCGGGACCCCCUACGGGAACUCACCGGGCACCCCCGGGACCCCCUACGGGAACUCACCGGGCACCCCGGGAACCCCCUACGGGAACUCACCGGGCACCCCGGGACCCCCCUACGGGAACUCACCGGGCACCCUGGGACCCCCCACGGGAACCCUCUGGGCAGCUCACCGGGCACCCCGGGACCCCCCACGGGAGCCCUCUGGGAACUCACCGGGCACCCCGGGAACCCUCUAGGAACUCACCGGGCACCCCGGGACCCCCUACGGGAACCCUCGGGACACCCCACGGCAACCCCGGGACCCCCUACGGGAACCCCUCCGGGAACUCACCGGGACCCCCCACGGGAGCCCGCAGGACCCCCGGGAACCCUGGGACACACCCCGGCAAACUCCCGGGACCUCCGGGACACCCAAGACCCCCCCGCCACGGGAACCCACCGGGAAGCCCCGGACACUCCGGGGGGAACCCACCGGGAUCUCUGGGAGCCCCGGGACACACCCGAGUCACCCCACGGGAGCCUCUGGACCCCCGGAACUCCCCCCCAAGAGGCCCUCCCAGGGACCCCCCCCCCCCCCAAGACACUCCCGAGACUCCCGGGAACCUCCCGGUUUCCCCCCGGGAACCCCCGAGACACCGAGGUCACCUCCCUGGGACCCCCCGGGACCCCCCGGGACCCCUUCGGCAACCUCCUGGAAUCCCCCCAGGACUCCGGGAUCUCCUCCUGUGGCCCCUCCCCACUGGGACCCCUCUAG